GGUACCGACUCAAUGUGCAGGGGUACGAGGUAGUAAUGAGGCUAUAUACAAGGAGUACCGGUACCAAGUCAAUGUGUGAGGUAGUUGAAUGCAUAUGUCCUGAAUGUUAUGUGAUUCUUAUUAUGUUUGAUUUGUGUUUGUGGGAGUAGUUACAUGUCCCCCUCUGUAGGAGGGUGCAAGGAGAUCGAGUUGAUAAAUACUGUGUUAAAAGCUAGAUAUAAAGCUUUCAUGUUUCCUACUAACUGUGGUGUCAGUGUCUCCUCACUCUCCUCAACUUAACAGUAUUUGUAUCACCUUCUGUUUAUUGUUCAAUCAAAUUAUGCAUAUUAUUUUUUACUUAGUCUGAAACAAAAACUGUUACUGGUAAUAGUAAAAUUUGUUUGGCCCAUCUGUGAUUUCAUUAUAGACAAGAAUAAACAACAUUGUUUGUAAUCAUUUAUUUGCUGUUCAUAACUAAUCAUUACCACACAUUAAAUCAUUAUAGUAGACAUGUUUUAUAGCCUAUGUAAUACUAUGUGUUGAUUUUCUAUAUUCAGUCGGGCCACAAAGAUUGUCUCUGAUAGAAACGUAUGGCAAAUAUUCUAUGUACAUGACCACAGGUACCCCGAGAGCGCGUGGGUGGUUUUAUGCGCACACCCACCACAAGCUAACCCGUGACUAGAACCCGGAAUUGGCAGGCUAAAAUGGAAUGACUUCCUGAACUCACCGUCAAGUUUUGUUUUGGGAGGGAGAUAAUUUUAUGUGAGCCUACACUUUGUUUGUUUUUAUACUGGCAAAUGCGUAAAAAUAAGUGUGCCGUCGUGGACAAAGAUUCUAGGGACACCAAAAAAAAGACAACGUCGUCCCCCGUCGAAACGAAAUCUAAAACAUGGCGGAACCAAACCAAAGGCCUCAACGUAAGAUGUCCACCGCAGGAGACAGUCUGUACAAGGUACUAGGACUGGAGAAAGGGGCGUCCGCAGAAGAAAUAAAGAAGGCAUACAGGAAACUAGCACUGAGGCAUCACCCUGACAAGAACCCAGACAACCCCGAGGCAGCUGAGAAGUUUAAGGAGAUCAACAAUGCCAACUCCAUCCUCAACGACGAGACCAAGCGGAAGGUCUAUGACGAGUACGGUUCCAUGGGUCUUUAUGUCGCAGAGCAGUUUGGAGAGGAGAGCGUUAAAUAUUACUUCCUCAUGCACAAGUGCUGGUUCAAGACCCUGAUGGUGUGCUGUGGGAUCUUCACAUGCUGCUGCUGCUGCUGUUUCUGCUGCUUCUGCUGUGGGAAGUGCAAGCCACCGGGGGAAGAGGAGCACGGAUACGUAGACCCAGAUGACCUUGAGGCCCAGAUCAGAGCUGAGCAGGACAGGGGUGAACAGCAACCCAUUGUGGUCCAACCUCAUACUGCAGCUGAUGAGAAGGCAGAGUCCGACCACGACCAGUCUGCAUCCAACCACUCAAACCCUAUAUUCACCCCAAUGGACCAGUAAGAACCUGUCUUCCCAUAGCCUGGUCCCAGAUCUGUUAGUGCUGUCUUGCCAACUCCUGUGGUCAUAAGGACUUGGCAAGACCGAACAGACAGACAUGGGACCAGUCUAGUCUUCCCAGUCUGCUACUGACAACCAAGAUGGUCCACUCCACUGACAAUACUGUGAUCAGUUUCUGGGGUUCAGUGGCAGGUGCUUAAAUGCUACAGUCGACCCUCCGUACUAUGGCCAAAGCCAUAUACAGUGCCUUCAGAAAGUAUUUAUACCCCUUUACUUAUUGUGCAUUUUGUUGUGUUACAGCCCGAAUU